AUUAAUGAUUUUAAUAAUUAUUAAUUCUGCCGAUGAGUCCCAAUGAAAUGGACGUGAAGUUCCUAUUAUUCACGUGCGAUAAUCGGGAUAACUCACAAAACCUGACAUACCUGUCCCAACCUAACGAAUGGACUGCCGCCGGUUUUAAUGCCAGUGCUCUCACUAAAUUUAUAGUUCAUGGUUGGUUGAAGGUUACCCUGGUGACCCAACUGGAGUUAAUUAUAUGGAGUAUGGGCGCACAUGUGGUGGGCUUUGCGGGCAAAAACGUAACCAACCCUAACGUAGGCCACAUCACAGCUGAUAACCCGGCUGCUCCUGGGUUUAGUGGACAGCCCCCUAAGAAUAGGUUAGCUGUCGGUGACGCCAGCUUUGUUAAUGUCAUACAUACUAAUGGCAUUCCACCCAAUGGUAUACCUGGAGUACAAGGUAGUCAACAGCCAGGUUGUGGAAUAUUUAAGGGAACAGUCAUUCCUAUGUUAACCAAUAUCUCGUGUGUCAGUAAUGAUGUGCUCAGUUUACUCUUUUGUAGUCACAGCCGAUCCAAUAUAUAUGCAAUCGCCGACCAGUCCUACGCCAAGAGCACAGGCUGUCAACCCAUUGCCUAUAAGUGCGACUCUUAUGACAACUUCAUGAGCGGUCUGUGCGCUAAUGGCAGUGACAGUCGUCCCAUGGAAUUGGAUCUCAAUUAUUGGGACAACAAA